GCAGCUGGCGGGUGCGCCUGGCCACCCGCAGGCCCGACGCGUGCGGGAUCAAAGCGGCCGGGAAGGGGAGGGCGGAGAAGUGGCAGGAACCUGGAGGUGUGAGUGAGCUUCCCAUGGGAUGGCAGGAGCGUGGGAGCGCAGAAUGCCGGGAGGCAACAGAGACCCCGAGAGACCGCGAGAGAUCUCAGAGACCCGGAGACCGCCAGAGACCGAGACUCGGACGCAGAGACCGAGAGGCCGGAGAGACCCAGAAUCAGAGAUGCAGAGACAACUAAAAAUCAGCAACAGACAACAGAGAGCCCAGCGCGGAAGUUGCUAAGAUACCUGGAAAAACCGUGAAAGAUGCAGAGAUCGAUGCCAAGAGGAAAACAGACAUAGAAAGACCGUGAGACAAAAAAGGCCGAUACCCCUGGGCUUGGAAAAAGAAAGCACUCUUCAGAGAGAAGAGGAGGCAUUUUGUCCUGAAGUCUUCGAGUGUUCAUGUAUCAUUCUACAGAGGGUCAUGAUCUUAGUUUGAGACAGAGCCCCAGUGGAAUAAGACGAAUCCAUCUCGCACACGCAGGUCGUUCCCUAUCUCAGGCAGGAGCUGGGUCCUACCUCAUUAUACAGCCUUAUGGUCCUUAAACCAGCUGGUGCUGCACUGACCCCUCAUUUCCCACACUCCCAGUAGGGUCCGGAGGAGCGAUGGUCACCCGGGAUCGAGCCGAGAAUAGGGACGGCCCCAAGAUGCUGAAGCCGCUUGUGGAGAAGCGGCGCCGGGACCGCAUCAACCGCAGCCUGGAAGAGCUGAGGCUGCUGCUACUGGAGCGGACCCGGGACCAGAACCUCCGGAACCCGAAGCUGGAGAAAGCAGAGAUACUGGAGUUCGCCGUGGGCUACUUGAGGGAACGAAGCCGGGUGGAGGCCCCGGGGGUCCCCCGGUCCCCAGCCCAGGACGCCGAGGCGCUCGCCAGCUGCUACUUGUCCGGCUUUCGCGAGUGCCUACUUCGCCUGGCGGCCUUCGCGCACGACGCCAGCCCUGCCGCCCGUGCCCAGCUCUUCUCCGCGCUGCACGGCUACCUGCGCCCGAAGCCGCCCCGGCCGGAACCGGGAGAUCUGAGGCACCAAGCGUCGCGCCCACCGCUGGACCCCGCCGCCCCGGCGCCUGGCCCCGCGCAGCACCAGCGUCCCCCAAUGCACCAGGGCCCCCCUAGCCCGCGCUGCGCCUGGUCCCCGUCCCCUUGUUCUCCCCGCGCCGGGGAUUCUGGCGAGCCGGCGCCCCUCAUCGGACUGCUGCCGCCACCACCGCCGCCUCACAGACAAGACGGGGCGCCCAAGGCCCCGCCGCCCCCGCCGCCCGCUUUCUGGAGACCUUGGCCCUAAGCUUUGGGGGGUGGGGGCGGAGGCUGGGGUUAGGGUAGAGACUCCAGCCCGAGGGCAGCAGAGGGACCCGGGCAUCCGGGAGAGGAGGUGUUGGGGAGGGCGGCGGGGCGCGCGGGCGCAGCGCGCGGGUGAGAUGUGGUUUAUAUUAGAGUAUCUAUAUAAAUAUAUAUUUCCCUGGUUCCUGUCCCUUUUCCCUGCCCCUCCCCCACCUUUGCGUCUAGGAUUGUACCCUCUCUGCCCCCGGCCCAGCUCCUUCUCGAGUCCCUAGUGCAUGGAAUAAAGUGGUUAUUAAAUCCCGGUGUGUCCCCGAGCCAGGGGCCUGCCUUUAUCUCGGCGUCCACGCCCACUUUCCCUCCCCUUCUGUCUCCUGCCCCCCCAGUCCUGCUCUCCAUGGCUCCAGCCCCGGGGCAGACAGGUAAGUAAAGAAGAGAGCAGAGAGGAGACUGAGGUUGGAACUAAAAACAGGUGGAAAACAGAUAGGUAGGGGGAGAAGGGACGGCAUCCUGAAACGGAAGGGAACGAAAAAGUUUAAAUAAAACCGACUCUGGUGGGAUUCGAACCCACAACCUUUGAAUCGCUCUCUGAUCACUAGAAGUCCAAUGCGCUAUCCAUUGCGCCACAGAGCCACCUAGCGGGCGGCGGCGUCAAACAGCUUACGGGUACUAGAAUGGGAAAGAGGCAGUGGAGGGCAGGAGUGUGAGGGAAUUGGGUGGGGGAUGGCAAGAGUGCUUGGUUUGGACCUCAGAGGCCUGCCUGGGAGAGGUAGCUACAGGCGCAAAGCAGGUGAGCCAGGUGGUAGGUGCAGGCGCGCCUGGGUGGAAGAAGCAGGGAGAGAGAGCAACCGAAUAUGAGCGAGAGGGCGAGUACAGAGCUCCAGCUGCCCGCUUGGGAGAUGCUUCCAGCCCAGGAGCACUCCACUCCCAAAUGUGGGCCCACCCAUCAAAAUAAACUUGUUUUGUUGUAAA